UUGUGUUUGCGUUGAUGCUGCUGGUGUCUACUGGCAUCAGCUUAUACUGUGCCAGGAUCGGAAGAAGCCAAUCUAAUUCCCGGGACUUCUUAACCGGAGGCCGAAAACUCACCGCUCUGCCCGUCUCCCUGUCCCUCACCGCCGGCAUCCUGUCCUCCGUCAUAUUGUUGUCCCUGCCGGUCGAGGUGUACUGCUAUGGCGCCAUCGUAGGCUAUUCUUGCAUUGCCUAUUUUCUGGCACAGGUGUGCACAUCUGAGAUCUUUCUCCCAGUCUUCUACAGGCUGGCCAUCACCAGCACUUUUCAGUAUCUGGAGCUGCGUUUUAACAGAGCGACCCGUCUGCUGGCAACAUUUGUCAUGGUUAUUCAGGCAGUCCUGAUCACUGGACUUGUAAUUUAUGCUCCUGCUCUUGCGUUAAACCAAGUGACAGGCUGGAAUCUGUGGCUUCUAAUCUUUGUAACGGGAAUGGUCUGCACCAUAUGCUGCACCCUGGGUGGAAUGAAGGCAGUGGUGUGGAUAAAUGUUUUCCAGAUUGGAAUCAUGUUUGCAGGCCUCAUGUCUGUCAUAUGCAAGUGUCUCGUCUUAGAAGGAGGAAUCUCAGUCUUGUCCAUUUCAGAACAAGGUGGAAGAAUCAACUUUCUGGAUUUUGACUUAAACCCUCUGAGGAGGCACACUUUUUGGACCAUACUCAUCGGCGGGACAGUUGGCUGGACCAUGGCCAGUGGAACUAACCAGAGUCAAGUUCAGAAAUACAACUCCUGCAAGAGCAUCACUCAUGCCAGAAUAGCUGUGUUCCUCAACCUGCUGAGUUUCUGGCUGUUCCUGGCAUCUGCAGUGUUCUCAGGAUUGUGCCUCUACUCAUUCUAUAAGAACUGUGAUCCCUGGACAGCUGGACAAAUUUCUUCUCCUGAUCAGUUGAUGCCAUAUUUGGUCAUGGACAUCUUGAAAGGCCACCCUGGCCUCCCAGGACUGUUUCUUGCAGCAGUAUACAGUGGCACCUUAAGCACAGUGUCUUCCACCCUCAAUGCAAUAGUUGCAGUUACUCUAGAGGACCUGAUCAAGCCAUACAUCAGACUGACAGACAGACAAUUUCUCUAUGUCUCCAGAGGGCUAAGUAUCUGUUUUGGAGUUGUGUGCAUCACAAUGGCUGGCCUGGCAUCACUUAUGGGACUACUGGUUCAGGCAAGAGCUGUCAUCGGUGGGGUAACUGGAGGUCCUAUGUUUGGUCUGUUCGUUUUGGGCAUCCUCUGUCCAUUUGCCAACUCCAAAGGAGGUUUGUUUGGCCUUGCGUUUGGGUCCACUGCAACCCUGUCUGUAACCCUUGGACACAUGCUGUCCUAUUCUGAUCCUGAGAUGACCCGACCUCUGUCGUUAAACACUGAGGGCUGUAACGUCACCACUGUCGGCAGUGUCAACUGGACUACUGCGUUUCCACCACAGCUAAACUUGUCUACCAUGUCUCUAGUGCGAGAUGGUACCAGACACCGGACAUCUAACUGGCACUCUCCUUCCUACCUUUACUUCUCUCUCAUUGGCUUCUUAACAACCGUGAUUGUGGGAAUGCUAAUCAGCAUAUACACUGGUGGACUGAACCAGAGAGUGGAACCAAGGCUUAUGCUAAUGAAAGAGGACACAAUUUCCUAUCAUUUGUUCGAGCUUAUCAAAUACAAGAUCAAGAAAAGACCAAGCAGGGCUAAACAGAAUGAGAUGGAGGAGGCAAAUGAAGGCCAUGUGAGGAUGAGGAUGCUACACAGAAGAGUUACAAGUGCAGCAGCUGAAGCAGAAGACUAGAUGUAAUAAAAGGCUUUGCCAUUUUAAGCAAAAACCUUCUAAUGUAUCAUGGUCAUUGACCUGCUAGAUGAACACAUGGAUAAUUAUGAAUACAUGGAUCUGAGUGCAAACCAUGGCUGCUAUAAGCAAUUUCCAAACUUCAGAUAUUGUAGUCAUCUUUCAGUUAU